AUGGCUCCUCAUCACAUCCGCAUAUAUGAGGAGAGUCAUCGUGAAAGGGUUGUGGACUUGUUCACCAGGGGAAUGGAGGAACAUAUUUCUGUCACCUUCCACCACAUGCUUAUGCUGCCGCAGACUCUUGUGCUCUUAAUUGGAGUGCCUCUCACUGUAUUCAUGGUCCUGGGUUCCUGGCUUCUGGUUCUUAUCUCUAGCUUCACCCUCUUUGUUCUUCUGUGGUUUCUUGCUAAAUAUACCUGGGACAAGUAUGUAUUCUUGUGUUUGCACAAAGACAUGGCUGAUAUCACCAAGACCUACUUGAGUGCACGUGAUUCUUGCUUCUGGGUGGCUGAAUCUGGGGGCCAGGUGGUGGGCAUUGUGGCUGCUAUGCCAAGAGAGGUUUCCCUCUUGCAGAGGAAGCAGCUACACUUACGUCACCUCUCGGUGUCCUUGGAGCAUCGAAGAACAGGUAUAGGGAAAGCUCUGGUGAGGACUGUCCUCCAGUUUGCAAGGGACCAGGGCUACAGUGAAGUUGUCCUGGGUGUCAGCAUACUGCAGCAUGCAGCACUGGCUCUCUACCAGAGUAUGGGCUUUCAGAACACUGGCAAGACCUUCUUCUCCAGGAUCUCAAGACUAAGAAACACUCCUAUAAUUCACUUCAUGUACCGCCUCACUUCUCCAGAAGCGGGCCUGUGA